AUGCAACCGGUGGGAGGCCGGGCCGGCUGGGGCUCCGGCUUGAGCUCGGAACGUUUCUUGGCGGGUCUCUGGCGGCGAGCGCGGACCGCCCGGCGGCGGCGGCUCUGAGCUGGCAGGCGGAGGGCUGUCUCCCGCGCCCGCCUGCCCGGCGCGGUCCGAGGAUGCGGGGGGGCGAUGCCCGGGGCCAGGGACGCGCUCUGUCACCAGGCGCUGCAGCUGCUGGCCGAGCUCUGUGCCCGUGGGGCCCUGGAGCACGACAGCUGCCAAGAUUUCAUCUACCACCUGCGGGACCGUGCCAGACCCCGGCUCCGCGACCCAGAUAUCUCAGUGAGCCUGCUGACCCUUGUGGUCACUGCCUGUGGUCUUGCCCUCUUUGGCGUGUCUCUCUUCGUGUCUUGGAAACUCUGCUGGGUUCCAUGGCGAGAACGAGGCCUACUCUCUGGUAGCAAAGACGACAACCAGGAACCUUUUAACUGCACGGACACAGAGACCAAUGAGCAGGAGAACAGUGAGGACUUCCUAGAUCUACCCACACCCUGCCCUGACUCCUCCAUGAAGAUCAGCCACACCUCCCCUGACAUUCCCCUCUCCACCCAGCCGGGGGUCCAGGAGAACUGUGCCCAUGGCGUCCGUGUGCAGCGCCAAGUUACAGAGCCAACCUCAUCGGCUCGGCAUAAUUCAAUCCGAAGACAACUCAACCUGUCAAACCCGGACUUCAAUAUCCAGCAGCUUCAAAAACAGGAACAGUUGACUGGAAUUGGUAGAAUUAAACCUGAAUUAUAUAAGCAGAGGUCAUUGGAUAAUGAUGAUGGGAGAAGGAGUAACAGCAAAGCUUGUGGGAAACUGAACUUCAUUUUAAAAUAUGACUGCGAUUUAGAGCAGCUCAUAGUGAAGAUUCACAAAGCUGUCAAUUUGCCCGCCAAGGACUUUUCUGGGACUUCAGAUCCUUACGUCAAGAUCUAUUUGCUUCCUGAUCGGAAAACAAAACAUCAGACUAAAGUUCACAGAAAGACCCUGAACCCUGUGUUUGAUGAAGUGUUUUUAUUCCCAGUUCCCUACAAUGACCUUGAGGCUCGGAAGCUUCACUUCUCUGUGUACGACUUUGACAGGUUCUCUCGCCACGAUUUAAUCGGCCAAGUGGUGGUGGAUCACUUCUUAGACUUGGCUGAUUUCCCCAGGGAGUGCAUCCUUUGGAAGGAUAUUGAAUAUGUCACUAACGACAAUGUGGAUCUUGGAGAGCUGAUGUUUUCCCUCUGUUAUCUUCCCACGGCUGGCAGGCUGACCAUUACCAUUAUAAAAGCAAGAAAUUUAAAGGCAAUGGACAUAACAGGAGCAUCAGAUCCCUAUGUGAAAGUGUCACUGAUGUGUGAUGGCAGGAGACUGAAGAAGAGGAAAACAUCCACCAAGAGGAACACGCUGAAUCCUGUUUACAACGAAGCCAUAGUCUUUGAUGUCCCUCCUGAGAACAUUGACCAAAUCCAUUUGUCCAUAGCAGUCAUGGAUUAUGACCGUGUAGGUCACAAUGAGAUCAUUGGCGUGUGUCAAGUUGGCAACGAGGCUGAGAGGCUGGGCAGAGACCACUGGAGUGAAAUGCUGUCAUAUCCUCGGAAGCCCAUUGCACAUUGGCAUUCCCUGGUGGAGGUAAGAUCUAACCCUGCAUGCUCCACUUUGCAAAAGACAAGUAGCUCUCUGGGUCUUAUGGAAAUUGCUGCCGGGGGAAUGCCAGAAACAAGGGAACUGCUUAUGCCCGUUACUGGGAAAGCCACAUUGCUGGGCUGUGAUGGUGCAGUGCUCGACACCUACUGCCCAGAAACUCAAGUUUAG